UAUUCAGCGGCGGUCACACCGCGCGCUUGGCUAUGGAGGAAUUUUUGAAGACGUUGGUUGUUUGAUUUUCCGCUCAAAUUUGUCUCGAUUCUAUUUCGUAAAUGCUUUCGAAUUUAUAUUGUAAAUACUGAUAGAGCAGAUGGCUCUGCAAGUAACAGUAAAUGGAAAGUUCGGCGCCAACUUGAGGAAGCCAGUAAGUCGCCUUGACGAUCCAGAGCGAGUGCGCAAAGAUCUGGAGAGUCAGCGUCGCAUAACCCGUUUGCAGCAGGUGCGUGAGAAGUCCAACCACUUGGCACGCAAAAUACGCGAGGAGGUGGCGGCCGAAAAAAAGAGACAAAUCGAAAAUUUGGAGCAGGUCAAGCAAAAAGAGCUGAAUGCAUGGCGUGAGCAUGUUUUGGUCAAAAAGCACCAGGACUACCGCUCGGCCAUUUUCCAAGUGGGCGCCGCCCAUCGCGCCGCAAGGGAGGAAAACGAGAGAAUCGAACAGCAAAGACAGGAGAAAAACGAAAAAAUGCAAAGGUGCCGCAAGCAGGCCUUGAAAAGAUCGGGAAAAACAUCGGUUCAGCUGCGAGUCACAAACGCGAUGAAUCUAAAUACGGAGGGAAGGGUCACGGCGGGUACACAAACACCCAUGUUGGAGAAUAAGGAAAAUCGGCUGGCAAGUGGCUGCCACAAACCAUGUUGCAAGGGCAAACGGAAAAGGACAACCAGCUGUAGUUGUGCAACAACCGAGGACGAAGAAGAGGAAGAGGAGGAAACUUCCGACUCGUCCAUCCUGGUUUGCGAUAGUCCGACCAGCAAUCGGCGUCUUCAAAGGACUCCCCCUGUAAUUUUAGACGUGGAAAUUGAUGAAACUAUUUCCGAAACUAUAAACAACCCAAAAGGUUUGGAGAUCAACGAUAGGUUUAUGCAAACCAACCGCAAAUUCAGCCAUAUAGUGAGACCCAGCGAGGAGGAUGAAGGACAGCGCAGGCCGAGAUUCACAGUGAUUAGCGAUCUUGUGAAAAGGACAGAGACUUCUUCUAAUAUAAGAGUUGAGCCGGGAUUGCGAAUCCAUCCAGAUCCAAAUCCAUCAGUAUCUUCGCCACCUAGUCCAUCGAAAUCACUGCGAGAUUCAGAGCCCCCAGCUGGCAGCAGGUCCCCUACAAGAACAGCUACCAGAAAAUCGCCUACCAAAACAUCCACCAGCAAAUCACCCACUAGAGUAACCAGAGUAUCACCUAAGAAAACAGUGACAUCAACGCGUCCGCCUCAACCAGCCAAACGAAUAGGCUUGAAAACGAAUCCAGCUCCGGCCAAAGUUAUAGAUGCCGGAAUUCGUAAAGUCCAAAAGGGAAAGACUCCCGUUACGCUGCCAAAAGAAACAACCGUACAGGAGCCUACAGUGGAACCGCCUAGGAACGUCCAACCCAUUCCGGAACAAUGCAUGCCACCCAUUCCAGAGCAACCGAUGCCUCCCAUGCCAAAUCCUCAUAUGAACCAUUGUUAUCCCGCGCCGCAGGCUCAGCCAUAUAUGCAUCCUUAUGCCCAACAGCCAAUGCAACCUUACGCAAUGCCAUAUUCGAUGCCAUUUCCCAUGCAGCCACAGUAUCCACAGCCACAUGCGAUGUACGCCCCGCAACAAAUGAUGCUGAACCAGCCGGCAGUACAUGUACCUGCGGUGACUGCUCCGCCGAGUACAGCCACCCAAUCAACCGUUUCCACCACCACUUUUGUCAUGUCCACGCGACAGGAUCCAAAGACGACCCAAAGUGGACGGGUCCAGUUUUAUGACCAUGGCAACAAAUAUCAUCGAACAUACGACGCACCCACACAAUCAGUGCAAUCGGUUGAAAAGGAUGCCGGACAGCUUACUGCCAUGGAUCAUGCCCGCAUUGAAACCCAGCUAAGGGAACUGCGCGAACAGGAACUGGAUAAACUAAGGAAAAUCAGCGACGAUCGUGGUCAAAAGGCUUUGGAACGUGAGCAAGUUCGUCGGGAUUGUGCGGAGUUAACCGAGAAGCUGGAUGCCUUAACCCAACAGCAACCUCAGCUCUUGCCUAGCGAUGCGGACUUCAUACCAAGUCAUCGCUUCGCGGAUGCUGCAGCUAGAAAAGAAAAGAAAAUGAACGAGGCCCUGGAACAGAUGCUGCUGCGUCCAGCUAUCAUUACCUGCCCAGAAGUGCGCACUAAGGUUUCACCUCCUAAUUCGACGCGUGGCAAAUCCAACGCUCCAAAUGCUAUUAAUGUCGGCGAGCCUCCAGCUCAGAUGGGUAGGGAUAAACAGGGCAGCACCGAAAGCUGCUGCUCCAUCCUCCUCGACUACGUGGAUGAUCAGAGCAAGCAGUUAAGGUCAGACUUGAAGGCAGAGCAGUCAAACUCCCUAAAAUCCGCGAGAUUACGGAACUUACUCGAUCGAAUUGAAAAGAUUCGAGUCCAGCUGAUGGAGGAGCUUAAGGCGGGCGAGUCAGCGGGUUCCAAGGGUGACAAUGCCCAGGAAAUGAUCGAUAACAUACGCCGGGAACGGGCGGAUAUAUUAUCUGAAAAAGCUAAGUCGCUCAACGAACGAGAAUCGGAUCUACAGCAGAAGGAGGCCAUUCUCGAGCAGCGUCUGAGGAAGUUCUACAAAGAGACGAAGAGUAAAAAGUCUAGUGAUCAGGCAAAGUCAUCCGAUAAAGAGGAAAGACCACUGGAAAUCAUAAUUAAAGUAAAGAGCGAUGGCACUGUAAAGCAAUACGUUCCCAAAGGUAAAUCAAAAUCCAAAACAAAAGCAGGAAUGAUCGAAAAUGAAAGGGAAAGGGAUGUGUCUCCAGGAUCAACAGAGAGUACGCCAAGGGAAGAACCUCCGAAACAAACAGAAAAGGAAAACGGAAUGCGUCCCAUGACACAGGAUCUGCGUCAGGCCUCAAUAGAUUCCAACUCCACCGCUUAUCGCAGUCUGCCGCCAGUUAGCUACAGAAGUUUCAAUCCGGGACUGGGCUCCAUGCCUUCUCCGCCUUCAGCUCCUCCUCCUGCGCCCCUGCAUCCGAUGAUUGUCCAGUACAUACAUCGUUUGCUAGGCAUGACGCGUCACAGUGUGGAUGAGAUGGGAGUGAGUUCCUCAUAUGUGGCCACUCCCUCACCUUCGAUCAUCAAUUCGUCGAGGAACAUUUCUCCAUGCAUCGAGCCCGAAACGGAAAGAACUCCACAAGGAAUCCACGAUGAGACUGUGGUGCAUGAACAGCGGAUGGAACGAGUGCAAUCCUUUAUUGACGACAACCGAAGCUUUAUUAACGAGUUGGAAGACUCCAUAAGAUGUCAGAGGCAAUUGCAAAAGGAGCAGCAGGCGCAAGACACAGAGAAGAGUUUGCAAGCCUUUGAUCAGAUAUGGAACAAGCGAUUGGCUAAGAAUCGAGCAGAUUGCCAGACAAAUAACAAGGAAAAAGAGCAGAAAAGAGAAAGAAUGGCAGCAGAAAAGUUACAAACUCAACGGGAAAGAGGAAAGUCACAGCCUCAGGUUCAAGUAAGAGAAAAGCAGCAACGCAGCGCAUUGCAACAACCAAGGGAACAGCAAAAAGGAAAGAAGCAGAGUCCCGGUGGAAUAUCCUUGAGCUUGCCAAGCGAUGUGACCAGCGCUAAGGGCACUUCCCGUUUCGUGUCCGAAAAAUCAAAAUCGCAAUCCAAUAGCGAAGAGUCUUCUGCCCGGCAAAUGGAGCGCUAUGCCCAGCUCACUGAGAAUUGCACUCAGCGAAUUGCCGAGCUCACGGAUCUGAUUACGAAGGUGCGCGAGGAGAAGCAGCGACUAGUGGAGGUCACCCUGACAUCGAACAGCGAUGGGGAGCGCCAGUCCACAGAGUACUUUGACCUUCCAAACGGACAAAAGCAAGCCAGAUGCAGGACUAUUUCCGAUCGCAGUGAUUCUCAAACGGCUUCCAUCUCGGAAGCAUUGCCUCUGCAAAAGAACAAACCCACUGCAGCCAGCAGGGAUAGUGGCAUUGCUGACUCCCGUCCAAUAACCGCACAGGGACAGAUCGCUGUAGAUGCAGAACCUAUAUCUCUGGGCUCAUCUACUCAAAAUAACACGGCACGUGGCCGAAUGAAAGCUCCUCCGGCCACCAUUCGCCGGUAUAGUCCCCAGUUAGAUGCUGAGGAUCUGGCGCAUGAGCUGUCCACCAUCACGGAGGUGGAAACACCAGGACAAUCGCACAUUGUGCCCGCCACACCAAUGCCCAAACCAUUCCCCAGUUUCGAUCAGUAUGCCAGGGAGAUGCAAUUAGAUCUGUCGCGACUGGAGGCCGAUCAGAGUCAGCGGUUGCAGUCCGAGUUCAACAAUCUGAUCCAGGUAAUCCAGCAGCACACUGGAGGAUCCGAUUACCGUGAGUUUCCUAGCAUAACUGCCUAUCUGCAAAACAUGACUAGCACACAAAUCCACCUAGAAUUGGGUCGGGAUCACGAUCAGACUUCGGUGUCACCGUGCGAACUGAUGCGCCAGUUGCGUGUGGUCAAUGAUAAUAUGCAGGAUUUUCCCCAACGCAGGGAGUACCUGGAGAAACUGCUGUCCAAGCAACCUGCCGACCAGAGAGAACUAAUAGAUACUGCCAGUAUCGAGCAGGACUCCUCGGAUUCCUUUAACGUAGAGGAAGAACUGCGUCAGCGAAAUAUAUUGAUGACUUCGUUUCGUCGUGGCAAUGCGACGGACACCACAUUGACGGCUCAGGAGGUGGCCAGCAGCACGCGGCGGGAAAGUGUAGCUCCGGAAACCAAUGAUCCUCCAAACGAAAGUGGCAUCGAUCCCCUGUCCGGCAGCAAUUUUUCCAGCGAUGCGGAACAAAGACCCCAGUGCUGGCAUGCCACAAUCCAUCAGAGGCAACAGAGGGUGGAUGAAUUGUGCAGUAGCACAUCCAAUUCUUCGCCGGAACGUCGAAAAACACGACCAAGGUUGCGAGGUGGUCAGAAUCAGAGCCAAAAGUCCAAGGAUGAUUCCUCGGUUCAGGAUGCAAGUCAGUUGGGAAGGUCGCUGAAUCUGAGGGAAUUUCUCACCCGAGAGCUGCUGAAGCAUCGAGUGCACACCGGCAGCACUUCGGAGAGUUCAGAUGAGUCACUGAGGGGUCACUUCCUCAAGUCGGUGCUCCAUUCACUCUCGCCGAAUAGCAACACGCAAACACCGAAGGUGGGAUUGAGCCACAACACUGGAGCCACCAACGACAGGCAAAAGACCUCGACUCCAGUGGGUUCAUUCCUCUCCAUCGCCGACAAAUCUGGAUCGGUUCGCAGCACUGGCAGUCAGCUCUUCUCCGGUGAGAGCCAUAUAUCCCUGGUCCACUACCCGGAUGGGACUCCACCCGUUCCCUACGAACAGCAAAGCAAACAGAGUACAAAUCAAACUCGACAAACCUCAGGUCAAGUUUCAUCAGCCCAUCGUAAAUCACCUCGAAAAUGAUUGCGUGCGUUUUC